AUGGCAAACAGCGCAAUUACAGCCGAAAAUGUAUACCAGCGAUUCCCCGAGCUUGAACCGCUCACUAGCACAUCCAACCCCGGUAAACUCUCCGCAAGCGAAAGCGACUUGAGCGGGUACGAUGCACAGCAAGCCCAACUAAUGAACGAGGUCUGCAUCGUGGUAGACUCAUUCGACACUCCCAUCGCGCGAGCCAGCAAGCAUGCUUGCCACCUGAUGAAAAACAUAAACGCGGGCUUAUUACACCGCGCAUUCUCAUGCUUCCUCUUCAACUCGCGGAACGAGUUACUGCUGCAACAGCGCGCAGACGCAAAGAUCACUUUUCCCGGUCUGUGGACGAAUACCUGCUGUUCGCACCCGCUGGAUAUCCCCGGGGAGGUGGGUGAUGAUUUCGCGGGUGCGGUCGAAGGCGUCAAACGAGCAGCGCAGAGGAAGUUGCAGCAGGAAUUGGGGAUCAAACCUGAGCAAGUCCCUAUUAAAGACUUUGAGUUCCUGACGCGAGUGCAUUAUCUCGCUGGUGAUGGGAAGUGGGGGGAGCAUGAGGUUGAUUAUAUCCUGUUUAUACGGGCUGAGGUGGAUGUUGAUGCGAACCCGAAUGAGAUUAAAGAUAUGCGGUGGGUAUCUCCGGAGCAGCUGAGGGGGAUGCUAGAGGAUACUUCUCUGAAGUAUACGCCGUGGUUUCAGCGUAUUUGCGAGGGCUUGUUGUUUAAGUGGUGGGAUAGCCUAGGGGCACCUGAGUUUGACAAGUACAAGGAGGAGACUGAGAUUCGGCGGAUGCUAUAG